GAAAGUGGACCAGGAAAAGCCUGAUUCCGUCUAUCAUUCAGCGAAGGAGCAAAAAUGAGCCAACUAUAAAUAGAAAACAGACACCAAAGUCCGUCCCCGCUUUUCUCGUCUCUCGAUUCGUGCAAUAGCCACCACCAUCUUCACCUUCGUCGUUAAGUUUUCUUUGGAGUACAUCAAAUGGAAGCUCAAGCAGUACCUGUGCACGUUAACGGAAAAAAGACGGAGGAGAUCUUAAGAGAGGAUAUUGAUCUUGAUCUGACGGCUAUUGUUGCAGCUGAGCCUUUGCCGGAGGUUGUUGAAAAUGAGAGAGAGAUUGUGCUAGGUAAAAAUGUGCAUACGUCGUGUUUGGAAGUAACAGAGCCAGAUGCUGAUGAUGAGUUAACCGGUGAUAAGGAUGCUUACAUGGCUAGCGUUUUAGCUAGGUAUAGAAAGACCUUGAUCGAACGAACUAAAUAUCAUUUAGGUUAUCCAUAUAAUUUGGAUUUCGACUAUGGUGCUUUGGGACAGCUGCAGCAUUUUUCUAUUAACAAUCUUGGCGAUCCAUUUAUUGAGAGUAACUAUGGUGUCCAUUCAAGACAAUUUGAAGUUGGUGUUUUAGAUUGGUUUGCCCGUCUAUGGGAGAUAGAGAGAAAUGAGUACUGGGGUUAUAUUACCAACUGCGGUACAGAAGGAAAUCUUCAUGGGAUUCUAGUAGGGAGGGAAGUGUUUCCGGAUGGAGUUCUAUAUGCAUCACGAGAAUCACAUUAUUCUGUCUUCAAAGCCGCUCGUAUGUAUCGAAUGGAAUCUGUGAAGAUUGACUGUCUGGUUUCUGGUGAAAUUGAUUGUGCUGAUUUUAAAGUUAAACUCCUUGCUAACAAGGACAAACCAGCCAUCAUCAAUGUUAAUAUAGGCACAACUGUCAAAGGAGCCGUUGACGACCUUGAUCUUGUAAUACAAACCCUCGAAGAAUGUGGAUUUACACAAAAUCGUUUCUACAUUCACUGCGAUGGAGCUUUGUUUGGACUUAUGAUGCCUUUUGUCAAGCGUGCACCAAAAGUUUCUUUCAAAAAGCCUAUUGGAAGUGUGAGUGUAUCUGGCCACAAGUUUGUUGGUUGUCCAAUGCCAUGUGGUGUUCAGAUAACAAGGAUGGAACACAUUAAUGUUCUAUCUAAGAAUGUCGAGUACCUUGCUUCAAGGGAUGCCACAAUCAUGGGGAGCCGCAAUGGCCAUGCUCCUAUCUUUCUUUGGUACACCCUCAACAGAAAGGGUUACAAGGGAUUCCAGAAAGACGUACAGAAAUGUCUUAGAAAUGCUCAUUACUUGAAGGGUAGAUUACGUGAUGCUGGGAUUAGUGCUAUGUUGAAUGAGCUCAGCAGCACAGUUGUGUUUGAGCGGCCAAAAGAUGAGGAGUUUGUUCGCAGGUGGCAACUAGCUUGCCAAGGGAAUAUUGCACAUGUAGUGGUCAUGCCCAGUGUCACCAUAGAGAAGCUGGAUAAUUUCUUGGAUGAAUUAGUUAAGAAGCGAUCAACUUGGUAUCAGGAUGGACAAGUUCAGUCACCUUGUAUUGCAGCAGAUGUAGGAAGUGAGAAUUGUGCUUGUGCUUUGCAUAAUUGAUGAAUUGUCAUUAGUGAGAAACAUUCCACUCUGUUGUAGCUGUUGCUUUUGUUUUGUAACAGAGGACUUUGAUUAUUUUAUAAUCUAGAUUUUUUUGUAA